UCUUAUAUUUCGUUUCUUACAUUUUGUAUUUCGCUCUUUUUAUUUCGGUUCUUCUCUGCAACUAUUAAGGUAUGUUAUUUAUUUUUUUGUUUUCGUUUAUUUAUUACAUGUAAUUUCCGUUCCCUACUAACUUCUACUUUUAUUUUAUGGGUUUGUUCUUCUGCUUUUUUUAUUCUUCCCUUCCUUCGUUUUUUCUGUUGUUUUUAUUUUCUCUUCGGUCCUUUCAUUUUUUUUUGUUCCCACUUUGUCUCUUUCGUUCCUUUACACUACCCUUCGUUAUUUUCAUUUUUUUUCCAUUCUCACUUCGUCUUUUUUGCUCCUUUACACUACUUUUAUUUUUUUAUUCCCUUUUGCUCCAUUUCGU